GCUACACUAGUGCAGCAGGUCAGAUUUAGAGCUGAUUGAGCCAAUAUGAACUUGCAAUCAUUAGUCGUCUCGCUGCUGCUGCUAACUGCAGUCUAUGCACAGAGCAAUAACGAUCUCGCUGAAAACUAUGAAGCUGAGAUGGACGAGUUUAUGGACCUGGUGCCCGAUCCCGAGGAGUUGGACUUUGAGAGUCGCGGCAACUUUGACGAAGCAGAGCCCGAUGAUUUGCUGUCCUCACUGGAGGCGGACGAGUACGAGGGUGCCGAGCAUUGUGAGUGGAAUAAGUGCGACAAUGAUCUGAGCGAGCCGCGCGGCAUUGGCAGCUUUCUGGAUUUGUCGUUCCUCAAGAAAAUCGCCGUCAACCUGAAUCCCUUUGGCACGCCUCGGCAUCGCAUGCAAUUCUAUUUGUUCAAGCGCGAGUUUCCCGAGUGCGGACGUGAGCUGGACUACCACAAUGAGCAGAAAUGGCGGCAUGCCGGCUUCAAUAGCUCCCUGCCCACGCGGCUCAUCGUGCACGGCUGGAUGAGCCAGUCGCGUGGCUCCUUCAACAGGGACGUGAAGAAUGCCUACUUGAAGCACGGCGACUACAAUGUGAUUGUGGUCGAUUGGAGCGCCAGUUCGGCCAACAUCAACUACUUCUCGGUGGUGAAGCUAAUCGAGGAGAUGGGUGCCCAGCUCGUGCAGUUCACACGCGAGCUGCAUCGCCAGUUCAAUGCACGCUACGAUGACAUCUACUUGAUCGGUCACUCACUGGGCGCUCAGAUUGCCGGCGCAGCGGGCAAAUAUCUCAAGCCGGAGCAGUACAAUACAAUCUUCGCCCUGGACCCGGCUGGACCCAAGUUCCGCCAUCGCAGUGCUCAGUUCCGCAUCGAUGCCAGCGAUGCCAAGUAUGUGGAGUCCAUGCACACCAGCGGCAACUUUGGCUUCCUCAAGCCCACGGGCAGCGCCACCUUCUAUCCGAACUAUGGACUCUAUCAGCGCAACUGCUUCUAUCUGGGCUGCUCCCACAUACGCGCCUAUCAAAUGUUUGCCGAGUCCAUCAAUUCAGCCAGCGGCUUCUGGGGCACGCCCUGCAAGCGCGACGGUCGCAAGUGGCAGUGUGACCAGCGCCAGCGACAAUCGCAUCGCAUGGGCGGGGAGCCCUCUGUGCCCAAGGCGGGCAUCUUCUACGUGAAGACCUCCUCUAGCGAUCCCUUCGCUCUGGGCAGAUGAAGCUGUGGAAUGAAUUCCAAUUAAGCUGCCAAUUGCUAGGUAAUUAAGUUUAAAU